CUGCUCCGCCUGGACACGCCCUCGGCCGAACAGCCUUUUCGCGAGGAGAAGCCUUAUCACGACGAGAAGCCGACUCGCGAUGAUCGUUUCGUGACACCUGCCCGUUACGAACCCCCCGGGCGCUAUGAGACGCCUUCCUAUGACCAUCCAGUCUAUGAGCCACCCCCUCGUGAUGAGAUUUCCCGGAAUGGCACUCCUCGCAAUGGAGGAACCCCUCGCACUGACACUCCGGCCUACACCGAAUCUCGGGCCCCCAUCUUCGGCAUGUCCCCUGAGCCGGAGCCCGUGAUGGAGCCCGAAUUUGCUCCAUCCAUCACUGACGCCGACGAGCAAGGUAGGAGGGGCAAGAACAAGAAGAAGAAGAACACCAAGGAUGCCAUCUGCUACAACUGCCGGCAAAGAGGUCAUUGGAAGGGAGAUUGCCCUCACCCGAAUCAUGAGAAUGCCCUCACCAUCAACACCGUGAACGGCAUUUCCGUGAGAGAACCACCGCGCCCCCCGUCCGUCAACGGUAACAACAAUUCGCUCAGCUGGGGCUCCAACUCAGCAGAGCUCGGCUUCUCCUCCGCCGAUGGUCUCCUGGAUUACGUUACCACCCGCUGGCAAGAACGCUUCGUCAUGACCGACGUCCACAACGAGGCCAUCCUCGAUCAGCUCUCCCGUCGCCCUUUCUUCAUGCUGGUCUCGGUUGACGCGCCCCUGACCGUGCGUCACGCCCGCUUCCGCGCCCUUCACAACCCUCACUGCACCAUCGAGUCUUUUGCUCUUGCUUCCGACACCCAUCUCUACGAUCCCCAAGAAGGCCUUCAGCCCCUCAUCUCCCGCGCUACGGUCCGUCUUCUCAACACCUCCUCCUCGCUCGCCCACCUUUACGCUACCCUUGGCAAACUUAACCUCGCGGACCCGGUGCGCCUGCGCCCCAGCUGGGAUGCCUACUUCAUGUCCCUCGCGACUCUCGCCUCGCUGCGCUCCAACUGCAUGAAGCGUCGUGUUGGUGCGGUUCUGGUCGGUCGCGAGAAGCGUGUGAUUUCCACCGGCUACAACGGCACCCCCCGUGGACUUCAGAACUGUUCUGACGGCGGAUGCUCGCGUUGUAACUCCGGCAACUCCUCCGGCGUCGGACUGGCUACGUGCUUGUGUAUCCACGCCGAGGAGAACGCGCUUCUCGAGGCCGGCCGGGAACGUAUUAGAGAUGGCGCCGUGCUGUACUGUGACACUUGUCCUUGCCUUACCUGCAGUAUCAAGAUCUGCCAGGUUGGAAUCAACGAGGUUGUCUACGCUCAGGGAUACAGCAUGGAUGAUCAGACGGCAGCGGUCUUCCACCAGGCGGGCGUGAAGUUGAGGCAGUACAUUCCGCCUCCAAAUGGAUUGAUCCACUUGGAGAAUCUGGACAGGAACAAGUACAUGAGUUAG